AUGGAGAAAGGUCGCGAUAUUGCUCAAAGGUGUGCGAAUGCAAUAUGUUCUUCUGCAAACGUAGCUAAACACUUUCUCAGCCAGUCUUAUAUUCAGCAGCUCGAAAGGAAGAUUUUUGAGCUAGAACAACGACGAGGUCACCCAAGACCGAAUUCGACAACGAUUACUGCUGCAACAUCGGCAACUGCUGCCGUCGCUACCGCCACCGCCACCGCCACUGCCACCACACCAAUCCUUUCGAUCCAUCCUAUUCUUGGCACAGUCACAGCCUCACUCACUAAUGAUGAUUUAGAUGACCCUACCGCUGUUGACGCAAGCAGCUCCGAACACGAUCUUUCCAAUCAGCCAUCGGUUGUCAGAAGCGAUGAUCUCUUCCGCCCAUCGGGAGGCCUAUCAUCCGAUUCCUUCGCAUCGGAUCACGCCCUGCCAGGAAGAGAUCAAUUACCAAGUGCAUCUGUCAAGAAUAUGCACAGGAAUAUCCCAGGGGCUGCUGAGGAAACUGAGUUCCUUCAAUGGUCUAAAUCCGUCCAGCGUGCGCCGUCAAUGGGUUUCUUGCGACAAGUCCGUGACCUCUCCGAGACUGAUUCGCAACUUCCAUACAGUGAUUCAGUUAAGCUCAAUUCUACCGGACUUCCACAACCGGCUGGAAAAGUUCAGAAAGACGAUCCAGGUUAUAUUCUUCCUGUUCGAGCUGUUGCCGACGACUUAAUGAGACUCUACUGGGCGGAAAUUCACCCCAUAUUCCCGUUCGUUCACAGGCCAUCUUUCAAGAGACAGUACAACUCACUGUGGACGGGUGAAGGAAUACCUCCAACAAGGUUGUUCCAUUGCAAUUUGAACGUCAUUUUUGCCCUUUCUUGCCAAAUGAACCUGGCCUUGUCCGCCGAAGCACGUGCAAGCUCAGCCGCUUCAUAUUACGAGCGUGGUCAACGACUCCUGUGCUUUGAUGUUACUGAACUGGGAACAUUUGAGACGGUUCAAAGCUUGCUUUUGGUGGCACAAUACUUCCAGAGCAUCAAUAACCAGUCGAGGUGCUGGGCGAUUCUAGGAACGGCCGUACGCACUGCUCAAUCUUUGGGUCUUCGACGGGAAUUCUCCAUGUCAUUCAUGACCCAGUGCGAGAAAGAGAUGUUUCGACGAGUAUGGCAUGGCUGCAUUCUUCUAGAACGGAUUGUCGCGCAUACAUUGUCCUUUCCUGCAACAAUCUCUGAAUUUCCGGCUCAAUCAAUUCCACUACCUUCAGCCGUCGACGACGAGUACCUGUCCACGGAUGUCGACGUAGAGAACAGACAGCCAUCAGACCAGCCAUCGGAGCUUGAGUUUUUCAUCCAAACAAUGAAGCUCCACGGUAUACUCACAGAAGUAACGUCACAAUUCUAUGCGACGACAGAUCCUAGCGACACAACCAAGACGACUAGAUCCUCCUCUUCUCUGAAAGAACCUCAUUAUCGGUUUGUUGUUGAUAUCGAGGAGAAGCUGAACUUUUUCUGGAGUUCUCUUCCCAGAUUCCUCGAUUCAGCAAAACGUGACCCGGACCGGUCCGACAAGGAGGCCCGAGGUGUUUUCCUGCACCAGUCUCGUGUGCUUCAAAAUCGAUUUUUGUUCACCCGUAUCCUCCUCUUUAGGCCGUUUCUUGCACAAUUGACUUCCAAACAAAAUUAUCAUCCCACGUCGAAACUAUUGUCAGAUGAACUCUCUGUAAAACAGUCAAUCCUUGUUCGAUCUGCAAUCAUAUGUAUUAAGUCUGCUCAAGAACUAAUCUCUCAGCUGAAUGAGGAUUUCGGGAGAAACGCCAGGCGCGUACCGCUGGCUGCUAAUUCCCCAUCCUACUGGUACAAUGUGAUCUUUGUCUACACGGCGGCGACUACAAUUCUGGCGGCUCGAGUAUAUCCGAUACCUCUCGUCAACUUUGGCCAGACAGACCUCGACCGGACUUGGCAGCAAGCGAUACAUAUUCUUGACAGGUAUGAAAGGCUAAACAUAUCGAGGGACCCGGCACAAAAGUGUCUGGCAGCGCUUACGCUUCUGAACGACAAGACGGCGGCUUUUCGCGGACAUUUAGCACGACAGGAAUCUCAACAACCGGCUGCCACGCAACCAAUGUCAACGGCAGAUACAGUCGCAUCCGCUGGGCUGCAGUAUUCGGCCGAGAUGGUCACUUUCGAGGAUCCUACACUGCUAGGAUUCCCUAUUGACAUGGAUUGGGAUUGGUUGAAUACUAGUCUCUUUGGUUUAGAUGUCCAGACUGCCUUCCCUUGA